AUCCUCAUUUGAGAGUGGUCUCCGAAAUAUUUCUCUGAAUUUAGCCAACUUUUUAAGGAAAGGUCGAAAAGAAUAUGAACAGCUUGGCAUCAGAAGCGCCACCGCCGGUCCCUUUGGCUGACCUCAUACUGUCCUUAGAGCAAGCAGCACUUAUGGCUAAACAACUCCCUUCCACCACUGACCCAACCCACAUCCUCCAAAUCUACUCCUCUCUCUAUCAAGCCCACCACCAUCUCUCUUCAUCCAUAUCCCAAACCCAAUUCCCUCGCUUCCCUCCCCCACCUCUGCUCGCCGCUAUCCCCCCCGAGGACUCUCUAUCCUCAGCCACUGGAGGUGGCGCCGCUUAUGCUGAGGAUGAUGGACGAGCCGAUCAAGUAGGCGAUGAUGAUUAUGAAGCUGGUACCGAAGAGAAUUGCAAGGGAACAAUUGACAGGGUGGAGGAGAAGAUGCGAGAAUGCUUUAUCAAGAAUAAGAGGCCCAAGCGACCGCUUUCGCCAUCGUCGAUGGCAGAGAGGGGAAUGGUUGAUGACGUGGACGCCAGGGGAGUAAACGGCUUCGAUCCUCAUGGGACACGAUUAAGGGCUCUGGAUCUAAUCUAUCAGUUUCAUGGCUGAAGCAGAAAAAGAUGCAAGGAGCCGUCUGGCCCGUCUCUUUCUGUUGCAUUAUGGAAUUGCAAAUUCUUUUUAAUCGAACUAAUAAUCUGUCCCUUUCCGUUGAGAGUAAUUUUACUUUUAUCAA